AACCAGUUAAAGGCACUUCAGGGAUCAGAGAAGCAGUUUGCAUUUUUUAUAUUCCCAGUUUGGAGCACCAUGAUGUUCCCCUGCAGCGCCCUGUCGCCGCCUCUCUACCCGGGCUUCCUGCAUCCUCCUGCGGCUCUCUCCUCGCCCCUCAGCCGCUCUCUGCCCUCCGGCUUCCUGGUGGAUGAUCUGCUCCGGCUGAGCCAGCCUGUCGGUUACAUCCACCGGACUUUCUCCUCCGGGAGCCCCGGUGAGCUUAUCCAGCUCAGCUCGGGGCUGGGUGCUUCCCCUCGUGCGGCCGGUUCAGUCACAGAACCACCGAACCGAACUGGGUCACCGCACACGGGCUGCUCGGACUCUGGAUACCUGAAGUUCGGCGUCAGUACCAUCCUGGCCCCGUCCACACGAAGCGUUCAGAGUCUUCAGACAAAGUCGCUGCCGUUCUUUGAUGGAAACCUUCAUCCUCUCAUCAGAGCCUCGUACUUCACAGCCUCUUCCUCCUCUGUGGUUCCUGUUCCAGGAACCUUUUCUUGGCCUCUGGCCCCCCGGGGGAAGCCCAGGAGGGGAAUGUUGCGGCGGGCCGUGUUCUCGGACCUCCAGAGGAAGGCGCUGGAGAGAACCUUCCAGAAACAGAAGUACAUCAGCAAACCAGACAGAAAGAAACUGGCCACUAAACUGGGACUGAAGGACUCACAGGUGAAGAUCUGGUUUCAGAACCGCAGGAUGAAGUGGAGGAACUCCAAGGAGCGAGAGCUGCUGUCAACAGGUGGUUGCCGACAGCAAACCCUACCCACGAAAACCAACCCCCAUCCGGACCUGACCGACGUGGGCAGCACCUUCUGCCAGCGGCUGAACCAGGCUGCAGCAAACAGACAGGAGUCACAUCCCCAUCACCAUCAGAGCCCCUCCUCUCCAUCAGAUUUGAGCAAACAGUCUGAGCUCUCAGAGUCCGACCCUGAAGAAAUCACAGUUUCUUAAAGAGGAUUCAUGACAGAAACUCCAAAGUGCCUGAAUCUGCUCUGUAUAUAGCUGUAUUUACUCACUGUUUCUGUACAGAGUUGUUUAUAGGCAGUUAAAUAAGGUACAUUGUGCUGCUCUUGAUUUAAUAUUUGUAGAUUUUGAUUAAUUUGUUUGAAACUUAAAACUUUUUUCCAAGCAUAUUUUUCAUUUUUCAUAUUUUUGUUAAAAUAAAUCCAAAAAAGUCU